AUGGCGCUGCGUCCUUCCACUGCUCCUCUACAUGUCCCGUUGCUGUCUCCUCCAGAGUCCUCUGUUCCUACUCUUGCUGACCCGGAGUCUGACUCUCUUCGUGCUGCUAGUCCUCCGGUCACGCGUCUCCUGGCUACUGUUGUCACUGACCCUUCCUUUGAGUCCACUGUUGCGUUUGCCCUCGUUGCUGAGCUUUGGGCUCUUGGCACGGACGUCCUUGAGGACAGGCAGGAGGAGUUCCAGUGCUUUGCUGCUGCUUUGCCCCAUCUCGUGUCCACGCUGAUUGCCCUUGAGGGAGACCCGGAUGCACCAGACAUCCCGACUCCUCGAUCGGUGAAGCGGCCGCCGGGUUCUCCGCUUAUCUUCAAGGCGCGUUACGUGGCUCGUGGCUUCAGUCAGCGGCGGGAAGUUGACUAUUUUCAGACCUUCUCUCCCACCCCGAAGAUGACCACUCUUCGGGUGCUGCUGCACAUAGCCGCUCAGCGUGACUACGAGCUUCACUCUCUUGACUUGUGUGCAGCUUUCCUGCAGGGCAGCAUGCACGAGGAGAUCUGGCUGCGCCGCCCUCCUGGCUUCACUGUGUCGUUUCCUCCUGGUACCCAGUGGAGCCUCCGGCGGCCAGUCUACGGUCUCCGCCAGGCGCCCCGUGAGUGGCAGGAGACACUGAGGACUACUCUUGUGGCUCUUGGGUUUGCUCCUUCUACAGCCGACCCGUCGCUGUUUCUGCGCACCGACACCUCUCUGCCGCCGUUCUACAUCCUCGUGUACGUCGACGACUUGGUCUUUGCCACUGUUGACACUGCUGGACUCGCCCACGUGAAGUCGGAGCUGCAGAAGAGACACACGUGCACAGACCUGGGUGAACUGCGCAGCUACCUUGGCUUGCAGAUCACCCAGGACAGAGCACAGCGCACCAUUACCCUGACUCAGUCACACAUGGUGGAGCAGGUCCUUCAGCGCUUCGGCUUCACGUACUCCUCGCCUCAGGCCACUUCUCUGUCUACUCGCCACUCGCUCUCAGCCUGCCUUCGGAUGAGUCCGUAG